UUUGGUCUCGCCUACUAUAACUGCGAAAUAUUAUUCAUAUUGGGUUGAUUGUUCUCAAAUACAAUUAUAGAGCUCCAUUAUUGACAAAAAAACACCCAAUUUCGUAUAAACACAAAGAUUUGCGAAAUUUGUAUGAAAAAACUUGAAAGAUAAGAACAGCCUCGGGUCAGAUUUUAGUGGUUUUCAUAAAAAUAAAGUGCACUGUUUUGAGGGUGUAUUUUCACUGCAUGUAAUUAUAUAAACUUUAUGUAUAUAAGUAUACUUCAGCUACAUAUAUAUACAAAAAACAAUGGAUAAAGAUUCAAAAAAAUUUGGUCAAAAAGGUUUUAUUGCUCAAAAGCAAUGUCAGGGAUGUAAAGAAAUGGUGGCGGUUGCAUGUAGGACUUGUCCGGCCUGCUCACAACCUUGUGUUAAAAAAAGAAAGGUUGUGGAAAAUCGGUCGUGUAAUUUGACAAGGUCAAAAAGAAAGAUGGAAGAUAUAUCUAACAAUAUGAACCAGCACCUGGGAUAUGAUGUGGCUGUGGUGUAUGUGCGAAGAACACCUACAAACCGCCAAUACAUAGAUAUUGCGGCCACAGAAGGCCCUAUGCGCCAAUUCUUGUUUCAGCAAGAUGGAGGGUUGGCUGCUCAAGGUCAUGCUCUUGUGAAAUUUUUCAAGAGCAUGCCAAGGGGCAAUCGACAUGGUGGACUUAACCCACAGCCUAUUGAGGAAGCCCAUGAGGAUAUGGCAGUUGAGGACAAUGAAGCUGUCCAGGAAAAUGAGAACAGAGAUACAAGUAGUGACAAAGAAAAUGAAGGUCCAAGCACAAGCAAUGAUAGCAGGUACAAUCAAGAACAAGAAAAUGGAGGUCCUGACAAUGAAGAGGAAAAUAGAGGUAGCAAAUUAUUUUUAAACCCUACUAGACCUAUUUAUGCAGCUAUAAACUAUAUCUUCUUUAGCAUGUUUUGAUUGACAACCACCCCUUUUAUCUAUCAAAUUGUAGAUUCAGAUGGAAAUGCUUUCGAUUUCAUGAAGAUAUGAUUGAAUAUUUUCAUUGUAUAUAUUUUUUUAUUAGUUAUAGCUAUGGUUAUAGUUACAGCAUAUAGCUAGCUGUAUUUAUUAUUUAUUAUAAAAAAGAAAGUGUUUAGUGGAAAUAUAUUAGAUAUAUAUAUAUAUAAAUAUAUAGCAUAUUACUAGAUAUAUAUUUAUAUUUAUUAUAAAAAAGAUAUGUUAUUUUCAUCUUCGUAUUUAUUACACGAUUUUUUUGUAAAUUAUCCGUACAUUGAGGAUCAGACCUUAGGUUGGUAAAAAGCCUGUUUGGCCCUAAAGAUGCUAAGCUGGUUGUUUAACAUCUAUUUUUUUUACUGAAACAAUGCCAUCAUAAAUCCUACUUUGACUCUUUGAAUCAUAUUCGUCAAUAGUGACCUUAGCACAUAAAGAUUUCACGGAAACACACUAUAAACACUAUAUAUGUUGCGUCCAAGAAGGCUUUUGUCACAUCCCAAUUGGCAAGGUUGCUAACUUAGAGAAAGUGUUUUGAAAUGUAUGUAAGACCCAAUUUAAGGCCCUAAACCCUUAACCACCGGCCUUAAAACCACUUGUAUUAUUAUCAAGAUUAUUAUCGUUUUCUAGCAGACUUUAUUGUCAGUUCGUUUCUCUGUUAGUUUUGCAGUUAAUUCUGAUUAUUCUAUUUAUAGAAUUUUCCAAAUAUAUUUCUAUUGCUUUGAUGCCUAAUUAUCUGCGUCAUCUCUGCUAAUUUAUGCUCAGCGUGUUCAUUGGUUUUGUUCACACGCCCAACAAUGAAUCUACAUUCCAGACCUAGUUUAGAAUUCGCGUUUACCCAUAUAAAUUGACUUUGUUUCGAAAAAUAUUUUUUAGGCCUAAAUUAAGUAAAGUCGAGUAUUCGCGUGAAAUGUUCAAUCGAUACACAGAGUAUUUUCCUGUAUGAAUCAAGUAAAUUACGAAAAACAUUUUUCAGAUCUAACCUAACUGAAGUCGACUAUUGGCGUGAAAUCUUCAAUACACGAGUAUUUUCCCGUAUAAAUGAAGUUCCUUACGAAAAAUAUUUUUCAGGCCUUAACUAAGUGAAGUCGAGUGGUCGCGUAAAUUGUUCAAUCCAUACACAGAGUAUUUUCCCGUAUAAAUGAAGUUCGUUACAAAAAAUAUUUUUCAGGCCUAACCUAAGUGAAGUCGAGUAUUCGCGUAAAUUGUUCAAUCGAUACACGAGUAUUUUCCCGUAUAAAUGAAGUUCCUUACGAAAAAUAUUUUUCAGAUCUAACCAAGUAAAUUUGAGUAUUCGCGUAAAUUGUUCAAUCCAUACACAGAUUAUUUCCCUGUAUGAAUCGAUUUUAUUUUGAAAAAUAUUUUUCAGGCCUAACCUAAGUGAAGUCGAGUAUUCGCGUGAAAUGUGCAAUCCAUACACAGACUAAUUCCCUGUAUGAAUCGAUUUUUUUCGAAAAAUAUUUGUCAGGCCUAACCUAAGUGAAGUCGAGUACUCGCGUGAAAUGUUCAAUCCAUACACAGAUUAUUUCCCUGCAUGAAUCGAGUUCGUU